GGUGGCAAAUGCAACAUGCUGUCCAGCUUGGGGUGUCUACUUGUCUGUGGAAGUAUUGCACUAGCCCUGGGAAAUGCACAGAAAUUGCCAAAAGGUAAAAGACCAAGCCUGAGGGUCCAUGUCAACACCACAAGUGACUCCAUCCUCUUGAAGUUCUUGCGUCCAAAUCCAAAUGUAAAGCUUGAAGGUUUUCUCCUGGGAUAUGGCAGCAACACAUCUCCAAACCAGUACUUCCCUCUUCCUGCAGAAGGGAAAUUCACAGAGGCUGUAGUGGACGCAGAGCCGAAAUAUCUGAUAGUUGUGCGACCUGCUCCCCCUCCAAGUCAGAAGAAGUCAUGCUCAGGUAAAACCCGUUCCCGCAAACCUCUCCAGCUGGUGGUUGGCACCCUGUCACCAAGCUCCGUCUUCCUGUCCUGGGGUUUCCUCAUCAACCCACACCAUGACUGGACUUUGCCAAGUCACUGUCCCAAUGACAGAUUUUACACAAUUCGCUACAGAGAGAAGGAUAAGGAAAAGAAAUGGAUUUUUCAACUUUGUCCAGCCACAGAAACAAUCGUGGAAAAUCUAAAACCCAACACAGUUUACGAAUUUGGAGUGAAAGACAAUGUGGAAGGUGGAAUUUGGAGUAAAAUUUUCAAUCACAAGACUAUUGUUGGAAGUAAAAAAGUAAAUGGGAAAAUCCAAAGUACCUACGACCAAGUCCACACAGUGCCAGCAUAUGUCCCAAAGAAGCUUAUCCCAAUAACAAUCAUCAAGCAAGUGAUUCAGAAUGUUACUCACAAGGCUUCAACUAAAUCCCCAGAAAAGACCCCCUUUGGAGGAGCAAUACUAGUCCACCUUAUUAUCCCAGGUCUUAAUGAAACCAGUGUAAAACUUCCAACAUCCAUAAUGUUUGAGAUUUCGGACGCACUCAAGACACAAUUAGCUAAGAAUGAAACCUUGGCAUUACCUGCUGAAUCUAAAACACCAGAGGUUGAAAAAAUCCCAGCACGGCCCAUGACAGUGACUCCUGAAAUAGUUCCAAGAACCAGCAAACCUACUGUGUCUAGUGCAUUAGAUGUUUCAGAAACAACACUGGCUUCAAGUGAAAAACCAUGGAUUGUUCCCACAGCUAAAACAUCUGAAGAUUCUAGGGUUCUAAAGCCUCAAACUGCAGCUUACGAUGUUUUUUCGAGCCCUGCAAGGACAGAUGUACCUGAAAUACCGGCGUCCCACACAGCAACAAGUGAUGCUAUUCUGGAUUCUGUCCCACCUAAAACUUCUAGAACUCUUGAACAGCCAAGGGCAACACUGGCUCCCAGUGAGGUAACGCCAUUUGUUCCUCAAAAACCGGAAAUCGUUACCAGUCCUGAGAUGCAGCCUACACCACCUGCUCCCCUACAAACUACAUCUAUCCCAUCUACAGCCAAACGACGCCACAGGCCCAAAUUGCCAAGAACCAAACCUGAAAGAACCACAAGUGCUGGAAUAAUUCCAUCUAAAAUUUCUAAAAGCCCUGAACCUACAUGGACAACACUGGCUCCCAGUAAAACACAAUUUAGUUCUUUGAAACCUAAAAUCCCUCUCAGCCCAGAAGUGACCUACACCAAACCUGCCCCAGAAUCUCAGACUCAACCACUAUCACAGUCAACAAUAGGUAAUAGAAGCUCUGGAACCUGCCACAGUACCACCGGAGCCCUCGCAUCAAAACCAUCCAAGAGACCUAAAACCACUCCCAGACCAGAUGCACCUCAAAUCCAGCCUGUCUUUGACCCUGUUCCAUCCGAAACUGACGCUCCCUCACUGACCAGAGUUCCUGCCACAGACAUUGAACCUGUAACUCUGAGACCUGAGGCUCCAGUGACAACACUAGCUCCAAAAACAUCGCAACGAACAAGAACACGCCGUCCCCGUCCCAAACAUGAAACCACACCACGCCCAGAGACACCUCACACCAAACUAGACUUUGGACCUGUUACUCCUGGAACUACUUUAGCUCCAGCAAUAACAAAAAGAACCCGUCGUCCACGUCCCAAACCUAAAACCACACCACAUCCAGAAGUAUCUCUCACCAAAUUGGUUCCUGACACAACCCUCGAACCAGUUCUUAGAACUGAGGCUCCAGGGACGACAGUAGCUCCCACAGUGCCUCAACGAACUGGUCCUCCACAUCCCAAACCUAAAACCUCACCGAGUCCUGAAGCACCUCAGACUGAACUGGUUCCUGCUACAGUCUUUGAAGCAGUUUCUCCCAUAAAAGAGGCUCCAGACACAACAUUUGCUACAAAACCAUCUCAAAGAACCCGUCGUCCUCGUCCCAGACCUAAAACCACACCAAGCCCUCAGGCACCUCAGACCAAACCGGUUCCUGCUACAGUUCUAGAACCUGUAACUCCUAUGCCCGAGGCCCCAGGAACAACAUUAGCUUCCAAAACAUCACAACGGAUGCGUCGUCCACGUCCCAGACAAAAAACCACCCUGAGUCCUGGACUACCUGAGUCCAAACCAGUUCCUACCGCAGAGUUUGCACCUGCUACACUCAGAACUGAGACAUGGGUGACAACACAAGCUCCUAAAACUUCAAAACGAACCCGACGUCCACGUCCCAAACCUAAAACCACACCGAGUCCGGAGGCUCCUCAAACCAGACCGGUUCCUGCUACAGAUCUUGAACCUGGUCCUCUUAGAACUGAAGCUCCAGAAACCAUGGUUCUCACUGCAGUCCUUGAACCCAUCGCUUUUAGAACUGAGGCUCCAGAAACAACAUUAGCUCCUAAAAAACAACGAACACGUCGUCCACGUCCCAGACCUAAAACCACAUCAAGUCCUGAAGUAUCUCGAACAAAAUCGGUUCCUGUUCCAGGCUUUGAACCUGUUAUCCACAGUACCAAGGCUCCAAGCUUAACAUUAGCUCCCACUGAAUUGCAAACUCUUAUUUUGAAACCAGUGACAUCGCCAAGCCUAGAAAUGACACACAGUCAACCUGCUUCCGAUGGUCUGGAAUCUGUUACAUUUAGCCCUGAGACAUCAAAGGAAACCAUAGCACCUGCCGAAACAGAUUAUGUAUAUCCCACCGCCAAAGCACCACUCAGGCCAGAGGAGCCAAGGACUGAAGUUGUGGAAUCUAUUACAUAUGGGUCUGAACCACCUGAGACCAUGCUAGAAGCAUCACCUCUGCCUUCUCAACCUAUAAUCCUACCCAGCCCAGAUGAGCCCCAGACUGAACCUGCUCCCAAGCAGACCCCACGUGCUCCUCCUAAGCCAAAAACAUCAGCACAUCCGAGAAUCCCACAGACACAACCAGUUCCUAAGAAGCCCCAGCGUGUUCCUUCAAAACCAAAAAUGUCACCAAGUCCAGAAGCGUUGUACACCUCGCCUGCUCCCAAAGAUGUGCUCCUGCCCCAUAAACCAGACCCUGAGGUCUCUCAGAGUGAACCUGUUCUGCAACCUGUUACCUUUAGAAUUGAGCCACCAAAGACAACAAUAGCUCCUUUGGAGACACGAGACAUCCCUUUCAUACCUAUGAUUUCCCCAAGUCCUAGUGAAGAGGAACUACAAACCACUCCGGAAGAAACAGACGUAUCUACCCACGAACUCUUCACAACUCGGAUUCCGUACACAACUGAAUUGGCAAAGACAACUCGGGCACCGCUCAGAUUGUACACUACUCCUGUGAGGCCCAGAACACCAGAAAAACCACACGUCAGACCUGUUCUGAAUAGGACAACUACAAGACCCAGUCGACCCAAACCCAGUGGGAUGCCCAGUGGGAAUGGAGUGAAAACAGGGAUCAAACAAGUGCCUCAGCCAACAGGUCCUGAUGGCGAUAUGUCAGUGGACUCUAGCCACACCACAAGAAGACCAGGCACACGCCGCCCACCCUGGCCACCCAGACCUACACCCCCACGAAGAAAACCUUUACCACCAAAUAACGUCACUGGAAAGCCAGGAAGCGCGGGAAUCAUUUUAUCAGGUCAAAUCACUUCCCCACCCCUGAGGGCAACACUCAGACCUACUGGAGCCCCCUUGGACAAAAUAGAGACGGAGAUAAAGCAACCAACAGCCCCUGCCUCCGGAGAAGAACUGGGUAAUACAACUGACUUUAGCUCAAGUCCAACAAGAGAAACUGAUCCUCUUGGGAAGCCCAGAUUCAAAGGUCCUCAUGUGCGAUACAUCCCAAAGCCUGACAACAGUCCCUGCUCCAUCACUGACUCCGUCAAGCGGUUCCCAAAAGAGGAGGCCACAGAUGGGAAUGCCACCAGCCCUCCACAGAACCCACCCACCAACCUCACUGUGGUCACCGUGGAAGGGUGUCCUUCAUUUGUCAUCUUGGACUGGGAAAAGCCACUAAAUGACACUGUCACUGAAUAUGAAGUUAUAUCCAAGGAAAAUGGGUCAUUCAGUGGAAAGAACAAGUCCAUUCAAAUUACAAAUCAGACCUUCUCCACAGUAGAAAAUCUGAAACCGGACACAAGCUAUGAAUUCCAGGUGAAACCCAAAAACCCUCUUGGUGAAGGUCCGGUCAGCAACACCGUGGCAUUUAGCACCGAAUCAGCCGACCCAAGAGUGAGUGAGCCAGUUUCUGCCGGAAGAGAUGCCAUCUGGACUGAAAGACCCUUUAAUUCAGACUCCUACUCAGAAUGUAAGGGCAAACAAUAUGUCAAGAGGACAUGGUAUAAAAAAUUUGUAGGAGUGCAGCUGUGCAACUCUCUCAGAUACAAGAUUUAUUUGAGUGACUCUCUCACAGGAAAAUUCUAUAACAUAGGCGAUCAGAGGGGCCAUGGAGAAGAUCAUUGCCAGUUUGUGGAUUCAUUUUUAGAUGGACGCACAGGACAGCAACUCAGUUCUGACCAGUUACCCACCAAAGAAGGCUAUUUCAGAGCCGUUCGCCAGGAACCUGUCCAAUUUGGAGAAAUAGGUGGUCAUACCCAAAUCAAUUAUGUUCAGUGGUAUGAAUGUGGGACAACAAUUCCUGGAAAAUGGUAGAUGCUAUACCCACACUCAGAAGUACCUUCUGUU